AUGGAGUAUUCAGAAGGUCACUCCGACGUUGUGCAUCCCGAAGUCCGCGCACAUGUCAACAGUCUUGUGUCUGCUCUCGGUGGAUUCAGCGCCGACGAUGACGGACGAUACGUGCUCGGAGACUCCGCCCUGGAAGUCUUGAGGGAUAUCAAGAAAUGGAUCCGAUUCUACGACGAGAAGACGAACCGAAUGGAUGUUGCGCGAUGUCUAGCCGAAGCGAACCUGGUCGAAGGCGACCUCCUACAUAUACUGGCCUCCUGGCCCGAGAACGCAACCGAGAACAGGUUCAAGGCGAGAGCAGCGCUCGCGUGCUUCGAGAUUAUGGUGCCGUUGACCUGGCCACUGGAGAGGGAUCUCGACCAGAUGACCGUCAACCACCACCGACAUCUUCCCGUGCUUCAACUCGCCCAAGUCGGUUACAAGCGAGCCAUUAUCAACUUCGACGCUGCCCAGAUCCUACAUACCGCCGUGCGAGUCGCAUUGCCGUCUAUGGCCCUCUCCCGCGGCGACCGAAGCGCCCGAGACGAUGGUAUCAUCAAGCUAGUGCUGCUGUAUCUGCGAAACAUCGCCAUGAUCGCACCCCCUCCAGGUGUCAAGUACGACGGCGACGAGUCACAAAUCUCUCGGUCCGCCCUAAUCGAUGCCUUCUCCUACCAAGAUAUCCUUCUCACCAUCCUGACGAUCGCUUCCAACAUGGGUGAAGACUUCAAUCAGGAAGGUGUAAUUCUGAUGGAGAUUAUCUUUCACCUGGUCAAGCGUGUGGAUGUUACUAAGUUAUUCAUGGACGAGAAGCAACUUAGCAAGACAAAAUCGAACGAACUUACCGCCAUGAUGAACAAGGAAGCCGCAAUGCACAGGCCCUACAAUCGCAAGGCACCGUCUAGACAUAAUCGAUGGGCGUCCAUGAUCUGGGUGGAGCGUGGUGGUGGCAAGGUGUCUACCGUAUCCGGCCAAGACGCUUUACUUGACUCAGCAACAAGACAGCAGAAGAUGGACAGCAGCAAAGUCUUCCGCCCACCCCGGAGGCCCCGGAAAGAGGGAAUGGAGCCAAAGGAUCUUGGUCCUCCAGUGUCAUUGAACGCCCGAGCUCGGCAGCAAUUGAAGGGCUUCGUCGAGGAGUUCUUGGAUUCUGGUUUCAAUCCCCUCUUCCAACACGUCCGGAAGAAGCUGGACGAUCAGAAGGAUUACGUGUUUGAAUACCACUCGCGACAAUUCUUCUACCUGGUCGCUUGGUUCCUGGAGGCAGAAAGAAUACGGAAGAAGGCCACGAAGAGUAGCCAGUCAACUGAGGCUGGCGAUGUUAGAAGUUUUAACCUCGUUGCUGGUGUGCUCAACCAGCAGACGUUCAUCACUCUGAACAGGGCAAUGAGCGAAUCCAUGGAGAACAAACGCUGGCAGGAGCUCUGUUCUACCAUGAGAUGUUUCACACAGAUCCUUUUAACCGUUCAGGACAUGUCCGAGUCCGGGAACGAAGAAGAUGAGGAGAUUGCAGAGAACAUACUCAGCCGUAUUUUCUACGAGGACGAAACCCACGAUCGAAUCGCGAACAUCGCCAAGAACUACAAAGACCAAGGCUUCGAAUAUCUUGAUGCCUGUACAGAGCUUACGCAUACUUAUCUCCGAGUGCUGGAGGCUUACUCUAAGCAAAAUGUGGAUAUGCAAGUUCGAUCACGACGUCGUGUCCGGAAGAAGAAGAAGGCAGCCAAAGCUGCUGACCAGGACAACGAGAACCCAGUAGACGAGGGAGAUGAGUCCGAGAACGACGAAGCCAAUGCUGAACGGGCAUCACGCGAGCGCAAAUUUGACUUCACCCGUUUCGCGGCUCGUUUCACUCCACAGGCUGUCGUCGAUACCUUCGUCAGCUUCACGAAGUACUACCAAGAUCUGAGCGAUGCGCAGCUGAAGCGAGCGCAUAGGUACUUCUACCGCAUCGCUUUCAAGCAGGAGAUGAGUGUGAUGCUUUUUCGCGUCGACAUUAUACAGCUAUUCUACAGUAUGAUCAAGGGCCAGGAGCCGUUGGACAAAAGCAACAGCCUGUUUAAAGAAUGGGAAGAGCUAGUCAAGCAGAUAUUGAGGAAAUGCACCCGCAAGAUUGAAGAGCGACCGCAACUGAUUAUCGAGAUGCUCUUUUCGAAGAUCAACGCCACGGCACACUACCUGGAAUACGGCUAUGAGAAACAGACCAUCUCAACCACACAGUCCAAGCCAGCGGCAGCACUUGAGUUCCGACACAUCGUCGAGAAGGACCAGCAAGUCGCGAUUGCAGUUGGUGUCUUGCUAGACAAGAAUUUGGCCCACCACGUCAAAUGGGUCAAGGAUCAGCUAUCCAAUGCAAUGACUGAGAGGAAAGCUUGGGAGGCUGCGAAUAAGGCAAUACCUUCGAUUGAAGCCCCAGAAGGCGGCGAAGCAUUGGCUGAGGACGCGGCUAGAAAAGAAGCGCCUGUUGUUUCUGUACGUCCGGACGAUGAUGCUCGUCGUGUAGCUAUGUUCAAGAACUCGCAUCUGCGACUCCUGAUGAAACUUGUCGGCAUCGAGCGACUUGCCCCUACCUUGGACGAAACAACAGAGUCAGCUUGGGUCGUCCCAUCGAAUCUAACAGCUGAACAAUUACAAGACUCCCUUGAUAUGAUCAACAAAGCAGAAUUCGACCCGCCCACAUUCGAGAAUGGUGCACUAGCUCAGGACCAGUUGAGGCGGAAAACGGCGCCGAGGAAGAAGGCCACUUUCGAUGACGAUGAGGGUGGCGAAGACGACGACGACGAAAUGUUAUUCCCCGCUGGCGGCCCGACGGCUAGAAAGGUGGCCGAUGGGUUUCUCGAUAAGCCGAAGAAGACUCGCCGCCGCCGCCGCCGCCGCAACAGUGAUGCGGAGGAGCUGACUGAAGAACAACUUGAAGAGAAGAAGCAAGCUCGCAAGGAGCGCGAAACGGCGAAAGCCAAGAAGUUCAAGAGUGAACUGUUUGUGCACGCCAGCGACGACGAGUCGGACGACGGAGAGCGGUGGGCCGAGUUCUACGCCAACGAAGAGAAGAUCCGGCAGCACACCAAUGCCAUUGCCAAAAAGCUCUCAAAGCCUACUGCACUAAAGCCCGUUGAGAAGCGGAAAGCUGUGGUGCUCGUGUCGGACGACAGCGAUAAUGACGACGAUUUGAUCCUUACGCAGGAGUCGAAUGGAAAGGGGGGAGAGGAGGAUGAAUCUGAUGCAUCUGGUACUGAUAACACACCACUGUCGUCCAGCCCACAUGCUGGAUCGUUAUCGAGUGCGAAGCGAAGACGGGUGUCGAAAGAGCCAAGUCCUGCCGCGGCCCCAGCUGAGCCAGCGGAUGUCGACAAGGGCAUGGACGACGCCGAUGACGAAGACCUCCCGGCCUCGAAACCGUCCCAGAGGCGGCGGCCGAGAGGCAGAGCGGGGUUUCUUGUCGAUAGCAGUGAUGAAGAAUGA